CGGGGCGCACGUUUCGUAACUAGUCGGCUGUGAAAGAUGGACCCGGUUGACGAUCCGGAUGUAACAAUGUCCCGAGCCAAUGGUGAAGCACAGAUUGAGGAAAUAGUCUUCCAAGCAACCGAAUCUAGUGGACCAGACUCAACUCGACCAGGAAGCACCUGUGACUCACAGGGUCAACCAGCAACAUCAACGGCGCCUUCACUGAGUGCUUUAUCCUUAGAAGAGCGACUAAAACGAAUGCGUGCAGCAGAGGAACUCAGACAGCAGCAGAGGUACGCCGCCUACGUGGAAUCGCAAAAGCAGGCCGAACAAGCUCGCAUAAAAGCACAAGAGGAACGGAGACGCAAAUUGGAAGAAAUGCAUCAGCGCGCUGAAGCACGCCGGUCAUGUGUUUUGCAACGUCGCCAGGAGCUUGAACUGUCAAAUAAGGCUCGGCUCGAACUCCUCUGGGAACGCUCUCGCACUCGUGAAUCCGAACACUCAACACACCGCCGAAGGUUCACAGAAAGUUCUGGAAUCCAACGAACAGCCAGUGCUUCACCAUCUGUUGGAUCAACUCGUAAUCCCAACCACUUGAUGACUACCUCCUGUGUGGUCGCCUUUGGUAGCAGUGCACCACGUUCCAUAUGUACGCAACCGAGUCCUGCUGCUUUACGUAGACAAAAAGCAUUUGAAGCCCGUUUAGCUAGCUAUCUCACCGGAAGACAUAGUGGAUGUUUCCUCACUGCCUCUGCCUCUCCUUACUACACCCAUCUGCUAGAUAGCAUCCACCAGCCCUUAAACCCCUCCACAGUAUCAUUUGUUGCUAUGCAGAAUAAUCAGGCAAAGGGACGGGCUAACUCCAGUCGUCAUAGACGCGCUGUUUCGGCCCAUGCGUCUAUUUUACGACAUACCAAAGCGUCGCUGGCUCGCGCGGACCGUGCUGCCGCUGCUUCUCCAACAAGUUUCAUUGCACACGGGGUCUCUCCCGACUCCUUACACAUCGAUUCGAAAUCCGAGUCAGUGACGACGUCGAAACAUGCUAUACUUGGCAAGGCUGAGAACCAACUUUUUGUGACAUCCGAAGACGAAGUAUCCCAUAACCGAUCUGCAUCAUCGCAAGAGUGUAAUGCAAUCGGGCGACCAGCCCCACAACCCACCCGAAUGACACGACAACAGCCAGCGACAAAACCCGCUUCCGCGCGUUCCACUGUCGAAUCUUGCUCCAGUUCAAUGUUAGGUUCAAGCAGAUCCAGCUCAGUAGAUGCGCUACCGAAAAACUCCAAUUCAACCCACAGCACCUCCGGAUCUGUGUUCGAGCGGUUGGCCUCGCAAGUUCCAAGACGAAAUAUUUCUUCCAAAGUUGCUGCGGACCGUUCAGCUCCAGCGAAGCCACCAGCUACCUCAUCCGCCACUUCAAAGAAGCCCCCAGACGCUCUCAACGUCAAACGUCCCCCAAACACAAGAUCUAUUUCGAAGGCCAUGUCGGUUUCAGUCUACCAAGAUCGCACCGAAUGCAAAGCCUCGGUCAUCAACAAAAAACCCGCCCGUAAACGUUCUAUGUCACCUAAACCAAGACCAGCGCCUGCGGACGAGCCUACGGAGUUCUUACCUGACCUCAGCUCAGAUGUUGCUCCUACUGCACCUAAGGAUACCAAUGUCGAUCAAUCAGAAGUGCCAGAAGUUUCAGAACCGUCAAAUGAGCAGACGGAUGUCGGUUUCGACCAUCUGACUGUUACUGAUGAAUCGACAGAAGUUACGAACUCGACCAAACCUGAUUCCCCUGUCACCGAAACUCAACUCUACUCUCAACCCUUGAAAGCUGAAAUCCAAGGGUCUGGUGAAGGCGGCCUUUUGAAAGAAAGCGAAGCUGCAAUCUAUCGGGCAAAGUUCUCCGAACAACGUCGUUUGGCUAAGGAGCGCAAAGAGGAGGAACAGCGCCGUUUCCUGGAAGCGCAACAACAGUUGCAAUUGCAAGAAGCGGCCGCUCGCCUCGCUGCCGAACAAGCUGAAAGGGAACGAAUGGAACAGGCUGAGCGAGAGGCAGCUGAGGCACAAAGGUUGAAGGAUGAAGCUGAAAAGGCUAAGCUUCGUGCAGCGGAAGCCGAAAGACUUAUGAAGUUGCAACGUGCUGAAGAGGAACGUAUCAAACGGAAGCAGCGACUGGAAGAUAUAAUGGCACGAGUGAAGCAAACACCCAAACCAAGUGCUUCUUCACCACCCAGUUCGGCUUCAACUCCCUUCUUGUUCGGACAUGAGUCGCAUGCCCUGAAAACCGACACACCUCAGGGGGAUGCGUCCGAUUCGAAACUUUUACAGCUUGCAGAGACAGAUCUCGUUUUGACAACAGAGGGAGCCGGUGCGGACCACGAUAUCCCUGUUGCAGAUAAGGAGCCCCAUUCCAUAGCAGUUGCCUCGUCAGAAUCCACAGAAGCCCCUGUCUGCUUUACUCUCACAGAUAACUUGGAUCAAUCCAGGAAGCCUCAACAGGUAGCCGUGGAAUCCCCUAAUGGUGACUUUGCAUCUGAGGAUUUGGCUGUACAACCUGUCGAGAAUACUGAUUCCCACGUUAUCGACAGUUUGGAGGAUCACAUCACACCUGAAGUUCCCUCGACCGGUUCACCUGCGCCGCAAUCAGACGUAUCUCCUUCCGUUGUCUCUACACCAGGUUCUGUCCCCCUCAGCCCAAUUAAGCAGGUGUGCGACAACGUGGACGACUCCACGAUACACUCUGCCAAGCCAAGUGCUCCACAGUUCAAAUCUGCCCUUCUUCAGACAAUGCUCGGUGGUGGUCGACUAGCCACACGAGCUAAAGAUGCUGUUGCCGGGUUGCGGAGUCGUGCUUCGACCACCCAAUUGACCGAUAUUCAACCAAAUGGUGACCACAGUGAUGGCCGGUCUUUUCAAGGUUGGACAGAACCCAGCCCCUCUGGAGACGGUCUCGUAGGCAGAUUUCCUCAAACACAGGGCUCUCCGGUUUACGCGAGCCCCAAAGAAAUAAACGGAGACAUUCUUAAAUCGCCCCCGUCCUCCAUGGUCCAAUCAAUGUAUGAAGGAUCAAUCGAUCGGGUUCAUAUGAAUGGGUCGCGUGCCAACCUCAUCGAGUUAAAAGUCACAAUCCAUAUACCUAGUCAACAUGCCACCUACUUGGCCUCAUUCAUCCCGUCCCCGAUUCACAUGCGAAUCUCGCGCACAGGCCCAUCCAGUUAUUUGUUGGCCCAAUUCAUUGGUCCGUCAUUCCCAAACUUCUGUCUUCCGUCUUUUUGUUCUGUGUCGGCGUAUCUGCUGGAUACCUUCUCGCAUCUUCGGAACCAGCCUGAUCAACCUACUGGAGUGGUUGUCGCCUGCGCGUUUUGUGCGCGCAUAUUCUCCAUCACAAUCGAUUUUCCCCCGAUUUCUUAGUUAAUUCAUUCAGUCUUCUACCAAUUUCCAGCAAAGGCCGUAUGAAUCAGAAAUUCACGCGUAAAUGCACUCACUUCCAUUCGCCUUUCAAAACGCCAUUUUCCCCACCCGUCUUUUAACACCUAGUUGUCCCACGUUCCUCCUGAGACCUGGCAAAAUUCGGAGCAUUUCAUCCAUAACAGCACGGAAAUCUUACUUCUGUACACAAAUCAGUAUCUGCUUGGGCACAGAUGUCUAUCUCUAUCGGCCAUCCGUUUGAUCGUCGUUUGUCACCUGGAUCAUUUCAUCAUUUGAGUUUCCCACUGCCGCCGCUCUGCUUUUGCUAUCUAUCCGUGACUUUGUUCGCGAUACUUGAUUUUUUCACCCUCAUACCGAGCGUCAUAGGGUGUUGGAUUUCGUUUUGUUUCUUUUUUUGUUUGUUCGGGUAUGGCUUCUCAUAGUGCUGGGCCACACGCCAAUUGGUUGUUUGCACCAUCUGCCAGUUUGAUCUGAUAUACGCAUUAGUACCCGGUUGGUAACCAAGCUGCUGUUUCGCGCUGAACCUCUCAGGUUUCAGCCCAUCACCAUAGAUUCAUAUCUCCUUUUGAUAUGCACACUUAGAUCAAUCAAUCAUCAUGGUAACUGCCCUCUGCUUAUAAUCCACAGCCUUUGUUUUUUUUUCUUUUUGGCACCCACUCUCCUUGGGAUGUUUCUCUCCAUUCUGUAUAGCUCUGUGUUAAUUGAUUGGCUAGAAUCGAGAUCUCGACUAGGGCAUUGUUUUGUUUUGGUCGGCUUCAUCUUCAGUAGUCGUUUGCAUGCAGUAUCCUUUUUGCUUUUUAUCGUCAUCAUCGCUGCUGCGGACGUCGUAA